GGAGACCUGACUGGGCAGGGCUUGAGUUUCACGGACAUCCUGGGAAGGCGAAAUGGAGGGGUGUGUGUCUAACGUUACGGUCUGCAACUUGGCCUACAGCGGGAAGCUGGAUGAGUUGAAGGAGAGCAUUUUGGCCGAUAAAUCUCUGGCUACUAGAACCGAUCAGGACAGCAGAACAGCAUUGCACUGGGCAUGCUCAGCUGGUCAUACAGAAAUUGUUGAAUUCUUGCUGCAACUUGGAGUGCCAGUGAAUGAUAAGGAUGACGCAGGUUGGUCUCCUCUUCAUAUUGCUGCUUCUGCAGGCCGGGAUGAGAUUGUAAAAGCCCUUCUGGUAAAAGGUGCACACGUGAAUGCUGUCAAUCAAAAUGGCUGCACUCCCCUCCAUUAUGCAGCUUCGAAAAAUAGACAUGAGAUUGCUGUCAUGUUACUAGAAGGUGGGGCUAAUCCAGAUGCUAAGGACCAUUACCAGGCCACAGCAAUGCACCGGGCAGCAGCCAAGGGUAACUUGAAGAUGGUUCAUAUCCUUCUCUACUACAAAGCAUCCACAAACAUCCAAGACACUGAGGGUAACACUCCUCUACACUUAGCCUGUGAUGAGGAGAGAGUGGAAGAAGCAAAAUUGCUGGUGACCCAAGGAGCAAGUAUUUACAUUGAAAAUAAGGAAGAAAAGACACCCCUGCAAGUGGCCAAAGGAGGCCUGGGUUUAAUACUCAAGAGAAUGGUAGAAAGCUAAGCAGCUUGUAUUUAGUCUUUGUAUGUUUUGUUGUCCUCACUGUUCUGGAAACUGUUGUACUGUACAUAGGCAUCUUGUAUGAAUGAAAAGUUUUCUCACCUUUUAAAUCUGAUAACAUACUGUAUUGCUCCAGCUGAAGUACCUGUCCUAAGCUUACAACCUAUUUUCCAGGUAUUGAAAACAGUUGGGAUUGUUCUCUUGAUGUCAUUUAUUGUUCUCCAUUAAAUCUUGGUUACUUUGGAGUAAGUUGUCAUGGCUGUCAUGAGUCUUGAGCAUCCUCCCAUGCACCUUCUGUCCCACUAUGUAACAGAACAAGUCCAGAAGCAGCCCGCCAGUUAUGCCAGGUGAUUCUGCUCUUUCCUAUGUGCAGUCGAAACAAAUCCUGGCUUAUUUUUCAAGUUCACUCAGAGACCUAUGCCAAAUAUUUGUCUUCUUUCAAUUAUAAGGUUACUUUAUUUUUCUUACAAGAGGAAGUUCUAUAUUUUAGUGGACCAAAUUUUAAGUUAAAUAGUAUGUUCCUAAAAUAAUGAAGCACAGUAGCCUGUGUGCUCAUGUACUUUUUGACUAGUCAUUUUCCUCUAAAAUAAGAUAUACUCAUUUUUUAAAAGAUAUUAAGUGUCUAUAUUGCUCACCUUGUUAUGAAAAGAAUUGUCAAACUUAUUAAACUGAUAUAUAACAAAAUUAUUUUUUGAUUUGUAUUUCAAGUACUAUAAACAAUAAACUGUUGAAAGACUCUCCCAAUUUCUCUUUCAAGUUAGUUACACACAUUCACUCAAACUUUAAAAUCUUGAACUAAGAUAUACUUCUCAGUUUGGGAUAGUUCUGAAGUCAAUAAAUUUAAUGGAGCUUGAACUGCAACUUAAAUCCUUAAAGAAAAUUGGUAAUCUUUUGAAUUGCCAAGUUAAUGUAGAGUGAAGGGAAAUUAAUAGUUAUGAACUUGAACUCUGUUUAGAGAAGCAUUUUAAUUGAUUAGUAGUCAGCAAAUGUAGUCCAAGUGGCUUCUUCAAAUUAAUUUUAAUCUUAGUUUUGUGCUGCAAUUAUUGAUUAAAAGGUGUGAUCCAAUUAAAUCCACACAUUUUCUUCAAUUUGGGGUCAAAGACUUAAAUGCCCAGUGACUAAAGUGAGUUCUAGCCAUCUGAGCUGCGUUAUUGCUGCGUACAACUUUUGACAUGAGCACUCUGAGUGUUGAUCUUUAUUACAAUGAAUCAGAGAAGUGUUUCCUUAUGAAACAAACAUUUGUUAAAUGUUGGUAGUAGAGUUAAUGAUAAGGAAAAUAUUUCUUUCUAGUGCUUUUUUAAAAGAAGAUCAGAAAGUACAGUCUUGUCUCAUAGGGUCUGGUAUGGUAAAGGCCUUUUUCCAUUUUAUAAAUUUUGAGAUUUCUUCAAUAAACAGUACAGAUCAAACCAAGCUUCUGGAAGCUGAUAGGCUCUUAAUAUUUCUUAAUUAUAUAAACUAGGACAUUAAUGACCUCUGACACUGAUCAAAUUGCUACUUAUUUCCAUAAGAAACUAAAUAGCGAAAAGGCUCAUUCAGCGCUAUAGGUCUUGUAAUAGCAAAGUGAACUGAGAGGAUAAUUUAAUUGUGAUACUAAUCCAAGAAUAUAAUAUAGAAGAAAUAGGUUAAUGGAAAUUGGAAACAAAAUCUUCAGGUCUUAUUUCUAUGUGUAGAUGCAUUUGUUUAUGAGUUUAUGCAUGUGAAUGAAGUGCCUGCUGAGGCCAGAAGAGGUCACUGGAGUCCCUAGAGCUGGAGGUUGAAUGUAGUUUGCACUGCCUGACAUGGGUCUUCUGCAAGAUCAGUACCUGGUCUUAACCACUGAGCCAUCAUCACUCCAGCCCUGAAACUGAAAGGUUUU